GUUAAACAAAGUAUCCAGCACCUUAUCUGCUAGUAAGUAAAAGGUUAUGGGAGGCUAAUUUUUCCCAUGCUGUAAAAUGGUGAUUUUCAGAAGGUUUCAUUCUUUCUGUCACUAUGUCAAGAGGUUCCAAUCCUGGGUUCGAUAGACAUAUUACAAUAUUUUCGCAAGAAGGGCGUCUGUAUCAAGUAGAAUAUGCAUUUAAAGCAAUAACUGUGCCAGAAAUAACUUCAGUAGGUCUAAAAGGCAAGGAUAUUGCCGUUUUGGUUACUCAAAAGAAAAUUCCUGAUAAUGAUUUGAGUGCAGUUCCUGCGAAAGAAUCAACGAAGACUAAAGAUGGUCAGGGUAGCAAAAGUAAUUUAAUUAAACAACCAUUGAUAGAUCUAAAUACAGUAACCCAUAUGUAUUCUAUAACUGAAAAUAUAGGAGCAGUUUUUACAGGAUAUGCUGCUGAUGGUCAAAGUCAGAUGCAUAGAGCUCGGUAUGAGGCAAACAUUUAUCGAGAUAAAUACGGUCAACAGAAAGUACCAGUGGAUUGGCUUUGUAGAAGAAUCGCUGGUAUAUCUCAAAUAUAUACUCAAAAUGCAGAGAUGAGACCUUUAGCUUGCUGUAUGAUGCUUGUCUCUUACGAUGAGUUGCUAGGACCACAAUUAUAUAAAGCCGAUCCAGGAGGCCAUUAUAAUGGAUAUAAAGCCACAAGCGCAGGUGCAAAGGAAAUGGACGUAAGGAAAUAUUUAGAAAAGACGUUUAGAAAAUCCAAUAUUUUCUCUGGAGCAGAAGCUAUAAAGUUAGCGAUUUCAGCAUUGGCAGAUGCUUUAGAUGAUGAGUUUUCACCCACUGAACUUGAAGUUGGAAUAGUUACUACUAACAAAAUAUUUAGGAAAUUAACAGAUGCUGAAAUUAAACGUUAUUGUUUUGAAAUAAAAAAAACGUAAGAAAAUUGACUUUUUUCUUCCUUUUUACUUUUUAAAUAAAAUAUGUCUAUAACUUUUCA